AUGGCAACUCAACCAAGGCGCCGAUCGAUCUCUUCCGCGGUUGGCCGAACCCUGCCCUGCUCCCGGUCCAGUCCCCUCUCCCACGCGUCUACCGUCGCUCUCUCCAACCCCUCGAUCUAUCAGCCAGGCCUGCAAUAUGGCCCGGACGAAGGCUACGGGCCGCUGCGCCAGCAUGUGGCGCAAUGGUUGACUUCCUUCUAUGCGCCUCCUGACCCCAUCUCGCCGGACCGCAUCUGCAUCUCCGGCGGUGCCAGUCAGAAUCUCGCGUGCAUUCUGCAAGUCUUCACAGAUGCAGCCUACACCCGGAAUAUCUGGAUGGUCGCGCCCACAUACUACCUCGCCUGUCGGAUCUUUGACGAUGCAGGGUUUGCAGGUCGCCUGAGGGGAGUCCCUGAGGAUGCAGAAGGCAUCGACAUUGACUUCCUGGAGCGGGUUUUUCUGUCAUGGGGGAAAGAGAAGACAUACAAACCCCCGCGGCCCUGGAGGAAGAUUUACAAAUACGUCAUCUACCUGACCCCGACCUUUGCCAAUCCGUCCAUGAAGGUCGUGUCCUUGCGACGGCGCGAACAACUCGUCCGGCUCGCACGACGCUACGACGCCCUCAUCGUGUCCGACGAUGUCUACGACUUCUUGCAAUGGUCCUCCCGCCCAGAGACUGUGCUCCCCAACCCCGAGAAGGCGUUUAUUCCGCGCCUGGUCGACAUCGAUCGCUAUCUUGAUGGUGGUCCAAUUGAUGGAUGGGGGAACACGGUUAGCAAUGGCAGCUUUAGCAAGCUCAUCGCCCCGGGAGUAAGGACGGGAUGGGCAGAGGGCACCGAGAGGUUUGUCUACGGGCUAUCUCAGACGGGAUCGUCGAGAUCCGGAGGCGCUCCCUCCCAGCUUACGGCGACCUUUAUCGAUCAGCUCCUGUCCACCGGUGCGCUUCAAAAACAUAUCGCAACGGUCCUGCAGCCUGCGUAUGGAAAACGUUACCACCAGGUCAUGACGGCCAUUCACGACCACCUCCUGCCGCUGGGUUUCCGCAUUCCUUCGAGCUCUCCCCCUGUGGUGGGAGGGUACUUCAUCUGGGUCAAUCUGCCACAGCCAUUACGGGCCACUGAAUUGGCGCAGAAAGCUUUGACAGAAGAGAACCUGAAGAUCGGUAGCGGGACCCUCUUCCAAGUGCAGGGUGACCCUACAGAGGGCAGCGAUGAUUUUGAGGGCAGUAUCCGGAUUUCGUUUGCCUGGGAAGAAUUCGAUCUACUCGAUCAAGGCGUGCAGCGGCUCGCGGCCGUGGCGCGCCGCAUGCUGGCUGCCAGAUGCCCAGCUGUUAUAGCGGCCCAUUCGAUUCCAGAAUCUCAGGCCGUCAAACACCCAAUUCAGAAGUUAACAUCGUCAAUCAAGCAACAAUCAGGUCGAUGGCAUUCGAAUGCCGUAGUCCGUCUUGGUGGGCAGCACCUGCCUUGGCUGUCGCGAGCCCCUGGCGAUCCUAGCGAUGCCUGUCUGGCACUAGGACUGCUAGUGACACACCCGAGAAAGUUGGCUCUUCACUUGACCCCGCCAAGGACCGGAUUCCGGCUGCAGAUUGGUCCUCCCGACGAGACGGAGCGGUUUCGCAUUUCAUUACUGGCAUCACUUCGAAACAGUGAACACUUUUCAUUAAUUGCAUUAUUGACUGGAGUCUUUAUGGUUGCCUCGCAUUAA